AUGCCCUUGUCCGCUGCGCAAAAACAGGCCAUUGAGGAGGUUGUAAAUGCCAUCACUACUGCCACCGUGCCCAAAGGAAGGCGACUUCUCUCAGCCAUGUUCAUGAGCCUCGUCGAUCCAAAGGAAUGGCCAGAAUAUUACGAGAUUAUUCCAGAUCCUCGGUGUAUCAAUAGCAUACGUACGACAUUAGAAAAGAAUCGGUAUAGAGCAGCCCUAGACGCGUAUGCGGAUUUGUCCCUCGUCUUCUGGAACGCGCUCUAUUACAACGAAGCGGGUAGUCAGAUUGCCAUGGAUGCUGAAACAUUAAAACGUCUUUUGGAGACUGAGUGGAAGAAACGAACGGUCUUGCCCCCUCCUCGAACGUCCCCGCCGCCGAGAUCUGCCCAGAAAGUCCACAAGGUGGAAGAAGAAGAACCAUCGCCUCCCCCCGAAAAACCUCCCGCUUCUUCUCCCCUAACAGCGCAGGCAGCAGUGGUCUCUACCAAAAAUACUCCGAUCAUUCCUACAGCUAUACCAGCAAAUGAUGCCUCCGCCAAUCAGAAUACUUCCAAUGGCCAACCAUCCCCUGAGCCGUCAUCUUCCGAGGAAGAGAUAGAUGUCGGUAGUGUGGCAGACCUUCAAGCGCAUGUACCCACAGAGAGAGAUGCUGCAAGUGAGGAAGUUAUCCGUCAUUUGGAUAAGAGCUUGCCCAGAUGGCCCGGAUUCUCAGAGGAAGGCUGGAUGGGGAAUAUCAAGAUUUCUUACCUGGAUUUAGUCCACGCUAUCAAGAGCCACAAAGAUGUGAUAGGUAAUCGAUAUGCUUUCGUCUUGGAAUCCGUGCCAGAACGCGCUGAGAUAACAUAUCUGUCGCUAAAUAUGCCACUCUCUCUGAAGUCUAUUGAGAGUCGCGCUCGCGCAAAAGAUUAUUCCACUCCAAAAGACUUCGACGUCGAAUUCAUGCAACUUUUCGCUAAAGCAAGAAGGUGGCAUGAUCCCGGUUCCGAUGCUUAUGGCCACGUUCUUCUUCUCCAAAGAUUGUAUCAAGCGUUGACCUCAAAAGCGCCACCACACGGUCCGCCUUAUUCCUCACCAACAAACUUUGCCUCGCUACGUGCCGGACCCGGUGCAUCCGGACCUGCUUCUGGUACAGGUGUAACCAGUGACCAUAUUCCCACCAAAGGCAGGAACUUUGUGGAUCGGCAUCAUUACAAGGGCUGGACCAUUAAGGCCGGUGACUGGGUACACCUUAGCAAUCCUGAUUAUCCAAGUCUCCCUACCAUUGGACAGGUGCAUAAAUGCUGGGUUGCUGAAGAAAGAUCACGGAAAGGUCAGCAUGGCAUAACCGUUUGCUGGUUCUUCAGACCCGAACAGACCCAUCACACUUCUGAUCGGACGUUCUUAGAAGGGGAAGUAUUCAAGACAAGUCACUUCGCUGAGCAUCCGCUCGAAGAUAUACUAGAAAAGAUAGCAUGCCAAUAUGCCGUCGACAAUUUUCGCGGGCGACCCAGAGCUCCCUACUGGUAUCCCGGUAUCCCGUUAUACGUAUGCGAAUCUCGAUACAACAACGGUAGUCGUGCGUUUGUUAAGGUAAAAGACUGGAGCUCAUGCAUGCCGGAGGAAUCCCGUGAAUUGGUGCCUAUCUAUCCUUUUGAGAGAAUUGUUUCUCCGCGUCGACUUCCUAGUCCCUUCCUUAGUAAGGGAAAGAACGGGGCCAAGGCAUCAGGAGGCCUUAUUAGUGGUUCUAUCAUUCCCAGCAGCAGAGUGACACAUAUCAUUCCCAUAUCUACUACGGCAUCGAAUGCGACAACAGCCGUGGAUCGUUCGAUUCUAUUUAAUUCUGGACUGACAUUGGGAAACAACGCCCGGCAGGAAAAACUUCCUCCAGAAACCACUAAACACUUUGACCGCGAUCUAGAAACCGACGAAGUUCUUUGGUUCGCUGCUCCGCCAACAAAUGUAGCGCCUGCACCAGUGCCCAAAUAUAGCCUAGCCUACCUUCACUUCCUUGCAACGAAGCGUAAAAACAGGGCCGAACCAGGCUCCUUAGCGAAGAGGCCUCGGACGACAGCCUGA